GGACUCUGGCUAUAACCGCAUGACUGAUUUCGGCGCUCCUCGCCCGGCCCGCAGCGGGUUAAGGCGAGCGCCCACAAUGCCUCGCGCCCUGCAACGUCGGCGGCGCCGGGCGGGAUCGGGCCUCGGCCGGGACCGGGAUUGGGAUUGAGAUCGGGAUCGGGAUCAGGACCAGGACCGAGAUAGGGUCAGCAGCUGCUCAGGGUCGCGAAAGCAGAGGCCGGAGGGCUUGGCGGAACCCGGCCAUGUUCUGAGGGAGGCUGCAGGACGCCGCUGGGAUCCGGGGACCGCAGGUGUGCCUGAAGGAAUCGCCCUUCUCUUGGCCCUACGAGGCGCUGGCUGAGGCGGAAUCAUGGCAAGUCCAAGAACAAGGAAAGUCCUCAAGGAAGUCAGAGCACAAGAUGAGAACAAUGUGUGUUUUGAAUGUGGUGCAUUUAACCCCCAGUGGGUGAGUGUGACCUAUGGAAUUUGGAUCUGUCUGGAGUGCUCAGGAAAACACCGAGGCUUGGGAGUUCACCUCAGUUUUGUGCGUUCUGUAACCAUGGACAAGUGGAAGGAUAUUGAACUGGAGAAAAUGAAGGCUGGAGGUAACAGCAAAUUCCGACAGUUCUUGGAGUCUCAAGAUGAUUAUGAUCCAUGCUGGACAAUGCAAGAGAAAUACAACAGCAAAGCUGCUGCUCUGUUUAGAGACCAGGUAGCUACAGUAGCUGAAGGCAAGGAGUGGUCCAUUGAAACUUCUCCUGCCAGGAACUGGACCCCACCUCAGCCUAAAAUGUCUCUGUCUUCUGCUCACCGUUCUGCUGGACAAUCUCAGACUGCAACUGCCUCUUCUGACAAGGCUUUUGAAGACUGGUUAAAUGAUGAUGUCAGCUCCUACCAAGGUGGCCAAGAGAAUCGUUACGUGGGGUUUGGGAACACAGUAAACCCUCCAAAAAAAGAGGAUGACUUCCUGAAUAAUGCCAUGUCCUCAUUAUACUCGGGAUGGAGCAGUUUUACAACUGGAGCAAGCAAAAUUGCCUCAGCUGCUAAAGAGGGUGCUACCAGAUUUGGAUCUCAAGCAAGUCAAAAGUUUUGGGGCUACAAGCAGCAGCCAGAGCCGGCAUCAGAGUUAGGUCAGACAUUAAAUGAAAAUGUUCUCAAACCUGCACAGGAAAAGGUGAAAGAGGGGAAAAUAUUUGAGGAGGUCACCACGGGGGUAUCGCAAUUGGCCAGCAAGGUUCAGGGAGUUGGGAGUAAGGGAUGGAGAGAUGUCACCACUUUCUUUUCAGGCAAACCAGAUGAUAAUUCUGACAGACCCGCUGAGGGAGACAGCUACCAGAACAGUGCAGGGGAGGGCUACCAGAACAAUGCUGUAGAUCAAAGCUUCUGGGAGACCUUUGGCAACUCAGAUCCACCAAAAGCUCAUAAAUCUCCAAGCAGUGAGAGCUGGACCUAUGUGGACAAUUCCACAGAGAAGAAGAGCUCGGAUAGCUGGGACGUGUGGGGCUCGGGAACGGUCUCCAACAAGAACAGUAACAGCGACAGCUGGGAGAACUGGGAGACCAACUGGGAGAACACAGGAGGGGAGAGCAAGACCAGAAAACCUACCAAGGCAACAAAAAAUGCGUGGGAUGACUUUUAGAACUCUGUUAACCCUGCUCUGCACAGCUGGGAAGGGGAGGCUGUGCUGGCUGAUGGAGGAGAGGGAGUUUUACACACACCUGGAGUAUCAUGGUUGACCUUUCUGAUCUGUUUGUGCUUCCCAUUCAUUCUCCUUCCUUCUGCCCCAGUAUAGGGAAAAAAAUCCUAGCAUCUGAAUCUUUUCUUACAUAAAGGUGGCUCUCCCUUUUUUAAGGAUAGUGAUAAGUUUACUUUCCUUGCACUAUCAGAGCUGGCUACAGCAACUUUCUUAACACAAAUGUUAAAGGAAAGAAAUCAGUGCAAGGACACUUCCAUGGCACAACCUUGCAUGUAUAGGUUAAUAGGUAUUCAUCCAGUCCUCAUCUAAUUUGAGAUUUGGGGUGUUUAAUACAAACAAAGGACAGGGUGUGACUUGGAAAGACAGCCAUUACCUGGGCAAGCUGCAGUUGAAUACAUCGAGUUCCAAUGCCUUAUGGAUUGCUCUGACUACAGGAGGUCUGGCAAUUCAAGAUGGUCUUUAACAUAUUUUUUAUUGGAGCUUUGUUUUUAAACAUUGUGACACUAUUUUUUUUUAGUAGUUGAAAACUUACUUUUCCCCUUUAGAAUUCCGAAGGAAUCUAGAGCUAGAUAAUGAUUUGUGUGAACUUACAGGUUUGACCUGAGCUCUCAAGGGAUAUCCAGAAUGGCUCUACUUGCCCACCUUACUCAAUGGAUUGAGUUUGCACUGUGCAUCUCUGCUACACAGAAAAACAAAGCUUUGGUGUUUUCUUUCCUCACCUACACCCUUGCCCCAGUUUGAGUGUUUUAUGUUCUCUCUUUUUUCUCUUUCUUCCUUCUACCUGUGUAGUAUUUUAUUAAUGCUGUUUAAAAUGAAGUCUUUUUGCUGCUUAUGUCCUUCUGGACAUCUGUUUGGCAACCUGGCAGCAAAAAAUAAAAUUAUAAAGAAGAUUCCAGCAAGAACAAAUGGGUGGAAAAUACAAGAACAUUGAGCAAAGAGCCUGGCAGCAAGUCCCUUUCAAGAUGAGUAGAUGUCUGGAUUUAAUAGUAAAAUUUAAUUUAAGCAGACGUUUUCCAAAUGAUUCUUUAGUGUGUCAAGCUGUAUCUCUGUUUCUGUCAUAUAUUUCUCCACAUUUUCUUCCUUGAUCUUGUUAAAGAAACACUAUUUUGGAAACUUGAGAAACUGUCAGCAUUAAGGACUGGAACGGGAAAUUCAGUUACGUGUCAGUUUUGACCCAACAAAUGGCUUUGCAUGACACAAAACAUAACUUCUAGAGAAGAAUUAAGACUUUUAACAUCAAAGGUAUCAUAGGUAUCCCAUUUUAUUUUGGGGGAUGUGUUGUGAAUGUACCCUCAGCACAAAAACAAUCGGCUCGCUUGAAAACUCAAAUCAUGAUGUUCUCUGAUCUGCUUUUCCAGCAUGGAGUUCUUUCUGUGAACCCUGUAGAUGCUAUUAUUUAUCUAAAAAGCCUUUUCUUUUAAAAACUGGUUAAUUUGUUCAACAACCAACCAAAGGUGUCAAAGUUACCUUAAAUAACACUCCACUUAUUUUACUCCUCACGGAGGUUUUAAGCAGAUAGUAUUAUCAACAGUUUAAAAAGGGAAGAAAAUUAAUUUCCUCAUAAGUAGCAUAUUUUAAAGGCUUAAUUCUGAGUAGAAGUAGCUCUAUUUAUAGCCUCAAUCUGUAUUUCUAUUGCUAGGAUCUUUGAGACAGUGAACAGAAUAUUUUUCCAGUCUUCCUUCACUGUGUUCUGCGAGAGUUGGGAUUUCUUUUCCCCCCUUGCCUCUCCUGAGAGUGUAGUCUGAAGCUCGUGGUCUCCAAGCCUCUGCAGCAGGACCCAGAGCUGUUCAGACCCAAGUGCUGCUCCAGGCUGAGCCAUUCCCAAGGUGUCCCUGCUGUCACAGCCCCUUUGGAAGUGCCAAAGGCACAAGAGCUCUUGGUUUUCAGUGCUGCUCAUGGUACCACUGGCAGCAGUUCACAGCCUGACUAAAACAAGGAUUUCUUUCUACUUUUUCUCCAGUUCCAAGUAUAACUUUGUCAUAGCUUAGCUGCAUGUCAAACAUAACUUUGUUUUUUUUAUGCUUACACCUCUGUUGCCUCCUUGUCAAUGUGUCUGCCUGCCCAGUCUGAAGCUGAUUCAGGUUCUUCUGUACAAGUUUAUUACAGUUUCUCAUUCAUAAACCUCCUGAAAUGGCUUGUGGCAGGAAAACCUUUAUUUCAAUCCACUCACUUAGUGGUAUUGUGAUAUUUGUGUGCACGUUCUCCUCAGCUGUGAGCUUUGCCUGGGACAAAAGUGGUUUAUUUAUGUAUCACUUGCAGCCAUGAUUGGUAUGAGCCAUUUGUUUGUUCUUCUGAUUUGAUUUUUGUAGCUUUUGAAACUUCUGUGUUCUAAAUCAAACAGCCAGAGAGCCCUGCUCAAGCAGAAGCUUUGGGUAAGGAUUUUUCCUCCAGUUGAGGAGGCAGGGACAGAACAGUUGCUGUCUCUUUCUGCAGUGUUGUAGAGAAGCAACAAAAUGCUACAACUGACAGAUAUUACUGGAAGAUCCAAAUAAACUGAUGUAAUGGCAGAAGGUGUAACUGCAGACACAAAACCAGUGUGCCAGCUGGUCAAUUUGAUGGGAAAAUGGGCAUUUUUUAGUGACUUUUCUGAGCCUAAAUAUGUGAUCAUGCCUUCUAGAGGAGAGGACAAAAUGAGGGCAUUUUCUUUUUUUUCCACACCUGCUGUUUUAUUGAAUUUUACUUUUUUUUCAAAGUAGGUGUCUGGGAGGUUUCUGUACCAUGAAGAAAUGCAUCCCAUCACAUUGCACGUGCAGAAUUCUGUUUUUUAAUUGUUUCCCCUCUCCCCUUUUGGCCUGGUGAGGAUCAGAGGCAUUGAGUGCAGGCUGCUGGAGCUGAGGCUGCCUGGCUGAGUGAGGAUCCAGCCAUGAACCUGAGCAUGUGGUUUGGCAGGGCCGUGGUGUCACCGUGAGCUCCACCUGUGCAGGGGUGACCAGGGCUCUGCUCCCCUUUCAUCCCACUCCCUGGAGUCACAGAUUUCAGUCCUACAAGCAGACUGCCAGGAGAUGUGCAGUAGGUGGAAUUGCUUUACAGAUUGGACAUUGCAAUGGCUGGUUCAAAUGCCCUGGUGACCCAAGUUUUUAUUUCUUUGUAUGGCUUUUGGAAAAUACAGAGCAGCUGGAUUCCUGCAGGUAGUCUAAUAAAAGAAAAAUAUCAAGAAAUCAAAGUGCCACUUGCAAAAGAAUGAAAGUAUUCGAGAAUGCUCCCAAACAUAAUCCUGGGAGUUAGGGAUUAUUUUGAAACGUUUCAUUUGUGUCUUGAAACCUCUUAAUAAUUAGUACAAUUCAAGAAGUGCUUGGCCAUCUCUCCCUCAUGGUUGAGACCUCAUGGAUAAUGCUGCUGCUUUUGUUUUCCAGGCCAGACUGUAACAUUCCAUGGGUUCAUAAUGUACUUGUCAGUGUAAUGGUCUGUGCAAUAAUUUAACAAGUGUAGAUAAAACCUUUGUUUAAUCCAGGAUACAUUUAAAGAUACAGUGGUCCUCUUGGAGAGUAGCAGUCUACACAAGUAUUUCAGUUCUUAGCUUAUUUUGGCUGAAAUACUAAAUUUCAGUGACACAGGUAAAGGUUUGAGCAAUCAGUGAUUUAAACAGAAAUCAAGAAACAUUUCCUUGGCCGUUAUUAAGAGUUUGAUCCUAAUGGCUGAGUGGCCUCUAGCUGCAGAACCCUCUUUCAUUUCCAUGCCAGCAGAAACUUGGUCAGUCUGGAGUACUGUAUCUUUAAUUUUCCUGCUCUGUUUUUUUGUGAAGUUCACAGGAAUGGCGAUUUCAGUGAACACUAUUCAUUGUUCUGGACUUGAACUGCAGUGUCAUCUUUAAAAGAGUAUUAUAAUAAAGAGAUAUGGAGCAGAA